CAUACAGUGGCAUUGUGGCCCUGUGGGACAGAUCAGCUAAAUUAGACUCAGAUUUCGAUGGCGCAAGGUUCAAAAUGGCGGAGGUUUUGAAACCAGAACAGACGGGCUUGAAGUUGGGGCGUCAGGCACAUGGGGCCAGCCUCGGUCUGAAAGGAGAGAAGUGGUUUCAUGCUCCUUGUGGACCUCGGCGGAAGCUGUCGGAAUCUGAUUAAGCUCAAAUCGAAAGGACAUUGGCUUGCCAGCCGCAAUGUCCUCCACACUGGGCGUUGAAGAGUUUCUGCAGCGGUCAUUGCCGGAAUGGAAUGAUGAGACUCGGAUGCAAGCCAGGCUCAGAGCUUUCAGCACCCAAGACGAGAAUUUCGAAUCACAUUUUGAGUUUUGGCGCGGUGUCAUCUUGCUUGUGGCAAGAGCACAUCUUCAAGCGACUAUCAUCAAGACUGAGGAGGUCAGGAAUGUGAUGUUCAAAAGGGGCGGCCUGAAACCUUUGGGCUUGGACCAGGUUCUGGUCGAAAUGCAUCGCAGGAGACAGCUGCAAAGUUUCCGUGGACUUAUGGGAAGCUACGAUCGUUCCUGGAUUCGAUGGUCUGUUGUACAACUGGCAAGGAGCGCAACAGUGGCCAAGCAAGUUGUUGGCGGUCUUCUUGGAGGGGAAGAUGCAAGCGGAAUCCGGCUGGAUGAGGAGAUGGUCAUCAUGGAUCUUUUGAAGGAGCGGGCAGACAAGGUGGAGACUGAGAUCACCCCCGCUUCAGGCCACACCGUCCUCCUCCUGGACCCCGUCCUACUUUCCAUCCAUCAAAACCCCCGGGAGGCGCAGCUCGUACUGCACGAACUGCUGCGACGGCGAAGGGUUGCUCUGGUUUCAACUGUGGCUGCGGGGAAGGAAGUACGCGGAGUCAAGGUUGCGGCCAGAGGGGAGAAACGGGUGCCGGCUGUUACGGAUCAGGACCGGCAGCGGGUGCACCUGAAGAGUGCAAUGCGGGGCCUGGAGGAACGUGCAGAAGCGCUGAUGCGGCGAGCUGCCGAGGCUCGGGAGACGGCUCACAGCGCCGUGAAAAAGAAGGACCGUGCCCUGGGGCUGCGAUGCCUGCGACGCUUCAAGCUGUGGGAGGGGGCGGCCCGGCAAUGCAACGACUAUGCCGCAAAGCUAGAAGAGCUGCUGCUGCAAGUUGACCAAGCUGAGGUGACGCAACAGGUAACGAGUGCGCUGCAGGCCGGGGUGCAGACGCUGCGGGCUUCGACGGUCACCUUGGAGGAGGCUGAGUCGUGCAUGCAGCAAGUCGACGGGGCACUCACGAGCCACCAGGAAGUACAGGACACGCUGGGACUCGGCGCCGGAGAAAACUCGGAUGCAAUCGACUCGGAGCUGGCAGAGAUCGAAGCGGAGAUUGCGAUGGAAGGGCUGAGCCUGGACUCGGCCAAGAAGGUGAAACCAAAAAAAGAUGCAGAGGCGACUUCGAUUCCUGGGGACACAGAAGCAUCGGCGUCUCAAACGGUGGUUCAGAUCUCGUCAAUAGGAGACUGGCAAGCAGGUGCGCCGGAACCGAGUGGAUCAGCGGAGUUGUCAGUUGCUAGGGCGGCACAAGGAGCGCCCACAAAAGGUGAGAACAUGCAAAGCGAGCGAACAUCCGCUUGAUCUUGCACGCAAAGCUGGAUCAGACGCACGUUGGGGGCCGCUAUGUAGUCGACUUUUGCAGGUGAUGUACAGACUGAUACACUGUGUACAUACUGGUGAUUCAAUAGGUCUUCUUCCUCCUGAUAAGGUCAUAAGUACAAUCAUACGAGUCAUUCAAUCAUAUAUAUAUAGCCAUG